CGUCACCAGAAUUUUGAUUGCUGUGGUGUCGUGGGCAAUCUGGCUGCUGCUACUUAACUCUGCGUUGAUCCCUUUAUUGCUGCUGCUGGUACAUGAUACAUGUAGUCGCCCUCGUCGUUGAUAUAUAUAUCCUCCAGUUUCAACCAUAUCACAGCGUCGCCCCGUCGGGUCCAUACAUGGCCACUUAGCAGCACCCGCCCAUCCAUCCAUCCAUCCAUCCAUCCAUUCAUUCUCUCUUUGUUACUUAGCCAGACCCAUCGACGUGCAGCCGUGCGUGUCCCCGUCGCCGACCAAUCAUGGCGAUGACACCCUCUCCUGAGCCAAUCAGUCCCGCCGUGUCAGCAGCUACAAGCAAUGGUCUCUUCCCGCGAGACUCGCUCUGCCUGAAUCUCUCCAGCCUCUCCGAUGCAUCCAACUUCUCUCUCAAGUCUGCCCUCAAGUCUCCGCACCUCCUCGAGUCGCCCGUCGGCUUCAACUCCACCGCCUCCUUCUUGAAUGCUUCCUUCAAGAAGCGCCCGCGGAACAUGUCUCAGUCGUCUGGUACUGAUCGGGAAAUGUCCAGCGAGGCCACCACCGCCCCGCUGCCCAAUGGUGUUGCUCCCCCCACCAGCAACGGCAUCGAGCCUCGCCCGCCCAACAAGAAGCGCCCCAGCACCGAUGCCAUCGACUAUCCUCGCCGCCGUGCCACCAUUGCUUGCGAGAUCUGCCGCUCCAGAAAGUCUCGCUGCGAUGGAACCCGCCCAAAGUGCAGGCUCUGCACCGAACUCAAUGCCGAGUGCGUCUAUCGAGAGCCCGGCAUCAAGCUCGACGCCGGCGACAAGCUCAUCCUCGAGCAUCUGAACCGCAUCGAAGGCCUUUUGCAGUCAAACAUGUCCAAUGGCCUGUCUUUAUCCACCCACUCACCCGCCGCAAGUAAUUCCACGAGUGAUGACUUCCUCGCUCGCUCCACCGGCAUUUUGGGCAUGGUCCAGCCAAUCAACGGCAUCGGCACCUGGACCAGCACCUCGUCCAACAUCUCCACCAUGCCCAAAACUCACACCACCGCUGCUUUGAAUUUGCUGCAAUCCCCCAUGAUCCGCGAGCUGGUCUCGAGGCCCUAUGACCCAAAGAUUCUUCUCCAGCUCGAGAUGAGCCGCGAGCCGCUGAGCCUCGGCACUUCGCUCGGCUUGGAUCUUUCCAACACCGGCACUUAUGUGCAGGCAUUCUUCGAGCGCGUCAACGUCUUCUACGCCUGUUUGAACCCAUACACAUGGACCAGCUACUAUCAGACUGCUCUCUCACGCGGGUUUCGUGAGGGUGCUGAGAGCUGCAUCGUCCUGCUGGUUCUCGCCCUCGGUCACGCAGGGAGCAUGGGGAGCAUCUCUCAGCAACCUGCUGAUAAAGAUCCACCGGGCUUAGCUUACUUCGCUGCAGCCUGGGCUCUUCUCCCGAGCUUGAUGACGAGAAACAACAUGCUAGCAGCCCAGUGCCAGAUUUUGGCUGCUGCGUACUUGGUUUAUCUUGCGCGCCCUGUGGAAGCCUGGAAUGUCCUUUCCAGCGCCAGCAUGAAACUUCAACUUCUCCUCAGCGCCCCAGGCAGGGUCUCACCCGCUGAAGAGGAGUUGAGCAAGAGAGUUUAUUGGAAUGCCAUCAUGAUUGAGAGCGACCUAUUGGCCGAAUUGGACCUCCCUCAUUCCGGUAUUGAGGCAUAUGAGGACAGUUUCACUCUACCUACGGGCUUCGAAGAUAUGGGUACAGAGCCUGUCGGCAGGGAUGAACUGUGGUACUUCCUCGCGGAAAUCGCCUUGCGAAGAUUGCUCAACCGUGUGAGCUCCAUGCUCUACCAGAGGACAUCGAAUCUGUCCAAAUCACCGACGCUGGCGUCUGUGGCGCAACUGGACCCUCUCGUUCUGGAACUCGACUACCAGCUCAAUCAAUGGUACGCCGGGCUUCCACCAGCGAUGCAAUUUCCCCUGGAUCGGGUCCCACUACAGAAUCCCGUGCAAACUGUACUAAGACUGCGAUAUUUUGCCUGUCGAACCAUCAUCUACAGGCCAUAUGUCCUCCUGGUACUACAAGACGAGACACUGGCUUUAGACUCGGGCGUACAAGAUAAUUGCCACAAGUGUCUAGAGGCAUGCAUUCGACAACUCGAAUACAUCACCGCGCAUCAUGCCGGGCAUCUUCCCUACCUAUUCCAAGGCGCUCUUUCGAUCAUCUCACAGACUUUACUGGUUAUGGGAGCGACGAUGAGCCCUUCCCUAUCCGCUCUGCUCCCUCCCCCUGCCACCAUGGACGACAUCAUCACCAAUGUAGUCCACGAAAUGGAGCGCCUCGCUCACCUUGCUCCGAGCCUGCAUCUUGGGUCAGAGCUAAUCAGGGAGGCCGAAAACAAACGCCAAAUGUGGUUACGUACAGCUGGUCUCAAGUUCGACAAUUGAAAAAUGGCCCAAUCAAGUGGAAUUUAAUAUGGCAAUCCUGGGGAACGUAUGCAGGAACCCACACGUACUUCCCCAAACAAUCUCGUCGAGAGUAGACGGGAUGAUUAGACACGAUUGCAACCCCAUGCACGUCACCAUUGCAAGAAUGGACACUCGGCCGCGGUCGGAGGAUUUAUUCAGGGAACACAUAUUCCCAGGCUAGCUCCAUUCCGAAGACGUGACCGACGACCGAACAUUACGUCCGUUGUCGUCGUCGCUGGAUUGUUACUGGGUGGGCUGACAGAAAUUCGUGUUCGAUGAUACUAUCGAGCACCCCUGCCAGACCGCUGUGGUUUGCCAGAGAAGCCGCUAGGCGCAGGCGCUCCAAUCUGUUGCACCCACCGGUUAAUCCCGCAGGGAUGAUCGCCGCCCCUCUUCUUCUCGAAGCCUUCUCUGCAGCUUCGUGCUUCCCAAUCAUCAGAUCGUGGGAUAUUAAAGAGGAUGCAGACCCGGCGCACAAGUCAGGGUCAUGUACAAGGGAAGAGGAAGAUCAAACCAGCCAGUGUCACUCGUCACGGCAGAGGUGCUUGAUCCGGCAUGCUAUGCAUGUCGGCGCACUUGGGUGUCGUGGAGAUGUGAUGACAGGCGUCUUCCCGC